UACUCCGAUAUUCUUCCCCAAAGAUAUGACUUUAAAAGAUUGAGAAAUCUCAAAAUCUUGACUAACUAUUAUUCCUUUUUAUCAAGACGCAACCUUCUCUUUUAAUACAAUAUACCAAUAGGAUUAAAGUCCACAGUUCUAAAGCGUCUCUGUAAAGGAUGGUCAAAGGGAUUUCCCCCUUUCCACAGAACCAUUUCAUAAAGAAAGUCUGUUGUUAUGUAACCAUCGGAUUUGUCAAACAUUGGACCAUUUAACAUAACAAUAGCAAAUGACGAUGCAUCAACGCAGAUAAAUAAUGCCACGCAAAAGCAUGAAAUGCCUUCGAGUGCUGAAAUCGUGAAUUGUGAUUAAGUCUCGCAGAACGAACACAGUACAUCGUACAUCAUUUCGAUAUGAUAUGAUCGUUCCAUCCGGGAUAUAUUAGAGGAAUUAACACGGAAGAAACUUAGUCAAACUUGUUCAUUGGGAAACGACUGUUCACGAUAGCCAGGAGAGACAAGUGUUGCGUUCGUCAUAAUAAGUGCUUUCAGCCGUUUACUUCUUCUGAUACUAUUUUCCUGACAUAUCGCCAGAAUGAAGUCUUCGGCAUAUCAAUUCAUAUGUGUCGUCAUUCACGUAGUCACCUCGUCUCACUAUGUAUGUUUGAUAUCAGCUAGCUGUGCCAUGCCAGGACCUAUAGAUAACACCAUAAUAACCUUGCCGAACCAAACGCUGGAUACAGGUUCUUAUAUCACAUGGGAAUGCAGUGAUGGAUACAGGAUGGGUGGCCUGACAAACACUGUUGUAUGGGUGUGCUUAGAGGACAGGUCUUGGAUGGGUCAUACACCCAUAUGCACAGAUGUUGAAUGCCCAUCGCCUCCCAUAGCUGCCUAUUCAGAGCUCGAUCCUCCAUUGCCUGAAGCUCCCGUGGUAAACCAGACGAUAUCAUAUACAUGCAGCAGCAGUGAAUACACUCUGCUUGGAAGUAGCUUGAAUAGAUGUCUACAAGAUGGCACAUGGGAGAAUGAUCCACCAGUUUGUCAAAGAACAUGCAGCAAAGACAGUGACAGCACAACCCGAACCGAACGGUAUUCCAAUCUCACUUGCUACCGGGGACGACUAGGCCCUAGUGAUUGGGAGGCCUCAUUAAAUCUUUGCAAUGAUAGCGGGGAGAUACUUGCUACAGUGAAAGAUGCUCAGACGCAGGAAUUCCUAGUUAUGUUUUUAAAACGAUAUAAUUUCUGGAUCGGAGCCAGGGAAGGUCGAGACUGGAAGUGGAAAAAUAGUAAGAAACAAGAAAUGUCCAUACACUGGGUGCUGGCAUGCCUGAAUCGUAUGGCCGGGGUAAUUUAG